UUGUUGGGAUUCUUCAUGGGGGAAAGCAACGAGAGCUCUGUUGACGCCAUGGAAAUGGUCGAAGAAGGAAACAAUCAACCUAGAAUAUCACCAAAACGGAUGAAAGUUGAAGAAAUCAUGGAGGAGAAGGAAGAAGAUCGAAUCAGUGUUUUACCAGAUUGCUUACUUCUUGAAAUCCUUUCUCGUUUACCCUCUACAAAAAGUGCCAUUAGAACAGGUACACUCUCCAAACGAUGGAAAUAUCUUUGGACUUCGGUUCCUACUCUGAUUUUCAAACACAGUGAUGAUAAUCACCCGCGCUCCGAUUUCGUUUCGUUCGUCAACAAAACCCUAACCCAGUGUCGCCAAUUGAAGCUCAAGAAGUUUGGAGUCUAUACCAGUUACGAUAUUCGAUUCGAGUCGGAAGUGAAUAAUUGGAUUCGUUAUGCUAUAAGUUGUAACGUUGAGGAGCUAGAUCUGACGUUAUGGAAUUUGGAAUUGGAAGCUGAGUUUCUAUUGAAUGAAUAUUUCUUCAACAAUUCAUGUUUCACGGAUCUCACAUUGGCAGGCUGCGUAUUCAAUCCAACUGGAACGAUUAGUUGGAGAAGGCUUAGGAAUUUGUGUAUUUCCUUUGGUAAUUUAAGUGAAGGUUUGAUUGAAAACAUAUUAUCCGGAAGUCCUCUAUUGGAAACUUUGGUGUUGGACAAUUGCUAUGGUUAUAAGCGGCUGGAUCUUACUUCCAAGAGUCUUAAGAACUUGGUGUUCACUGGAUAUAUGGUUCCUGACGAUGAAUUUGAUGAUCUUGCAGAUAUUAUCGAAAUCAAUGCCCCAAAUCUUUUGUCACUCACGAUUCAAGAUGAUUUGUUGUUAUGGAAACUUGUGUUGCUAAAUAUGUCUUCAUUAGUAGAAGCUAAUUUAGAUUAUACAAAGGGUGGGCAUUAUGAGACAACCCCUAAAGAAGCAGAAGAAGAGAUGCUUAAAGGAUUCAUACAAAGUCUUCGCCAUGUCAAGGAGCUUAAGAUUGGGGUUUUCUGUUGUAAGGUUCUCUCUCGUUUGGAAGCUAGAGGUUUCAUUUUUCCAUCAAAUGUGAAGUUUCCUGAUUUUACCUCAGCUUUUUACUCUGAUAAUGAUUCGCUUGGGCAAGGUGAUUGGUCCGAUAGUGAUUCAGUCGAAAGCGGAGAUUGGGAGGUGCUCUUGCUUGAUCAAGGUACUAAAAGUGACUGAAUUUAAUUGAUUGAUGUCACUUUGAGUUCAUGUUUAUGCUAUGCAUGGUUAUUUCAUUCCAAAUGCUUAUAAAUUUGUUACUCGAUGUGAUUUUGAUUGAGUAGAUUUUGAAUAAUGAUUGCUUUAAUUGCAAAAAGCUUAUUGCUAGCUGCAAAUUGUAAAAAGAAAAUCUUGGCUCAUAACAUAUUAAAAAAUUGGGGCUAAAUCUUCAGCCCAUGGUUUCGGUAUUCAAUGAUAAAGCC